UUUUCUCUUUACGAGAGACUUCUGAGUUUCACCGUCUCUGUAUAAAUAACCCUUCCGGCAUUCAUAAACCGACGUCGUUGCCUAUCGCCUUCUCCGACCGCCGCUGUCUCCGGCCGAAUUCAUUUCGAGGGGCCAUGGCAAAGAGAAAAGGUAGAGGACGACCAAAAGGGUCCAGCGUUCAGAAGAAGGUUAAAGAGAGUGAAGAUGGUGAAUUGGUCAUUCCAAAUACUCCCUUGAAUGUGGUGAAAGUUGAGCCUUACUUUAUUGAGGAACAUGAGGGAGGUACAAGUAGUAUGCCUGCGAAAAGAGGACGGGAACGACCAAAAGGAUCACAGGCUGAGAAUUUUCAAGAGAGUGUCCACAGCAUCUUGAAUAGUCGCAUGAAUCCAUCUAAGAUCGUUGAAGUUGGUCUUGACAGUGAAGAACCACAAGAUGCAGUUGUGCCCAACAAAAAUGGACAAGAACGACCAAGUGGUUUGGGGCAGUACUGUCAAGAGAAUGCUUGCGAGAACUUCUAUGGCAAUCCAUCAAAUAUGAUGGAUGUGAGUCUUCGAUGUAAGGAGGAGCAAGAAGCUGCUACCACUGAUGAAGUUGACGAGCCUAGGGAGAGGGGAUUAUGGCAACCAAUAGAGUCAAUAAAUCAAGAGAACCAUCAACAAAAUGCAGAUACGGUUGUCAAGCCUAAAAGAAAGGGAAGAGGACAGACAAAAGGGUUGUCACUUCAAAUGAAGCGUCAACAGAGUGCAGAUGGAAAGUUGGAUGUUCUCAUUCAUCCUACAAAGAUGGUGGCAAUAGGUCCAGGCCGCAAUGAUUUCAUUACUGAUCUUUCUCUUAUUGUUCGCCAGAAUGCACGUCUUAAUGUGCGCCAGUGGAAGAAGGUUCCACAAAGUACCAGGGAUACAAUAGUGCAAAAUAUUCUGAACAAUUGGAGACUUCCACAUACAGAUAUGGUACGGAAGGCUAUUCUGCAUGAAGCAGGCCGUUUAUAUCAGAAUUGGCGCAGCAGGCUUCAUGAGUAUUACUUAAAGUUUGAAACCAAGGACGAGGCCUUGAAGCAUGUCCCUAAUGAUGUUAAUGAUUCUGAUUGGCAAUUCUUGGUUGAUUAUUUUAGCAGCUCUUAUUUUGAGAUAAUGAGUGCAAAAAACAAGGCAAAUAAGGCAAAACAGCGGGUAAAACAUACUACUGGGUCAAAAUCCUUUCUAGCAACCAGCUAUGAUGCACGUGACCCAGUGACCGGAACGGAGCCCGAUAUGCAGACUUUUUGGCAGUUGACACACAAAAGGGGAAAUGGGGAAUGGAUUGACGAAGCGUCUAAGGAAAUCAAUGACAAAGCUGCUCAACAAAUUAAUGAGAAAAGAUGCCAAAUAGAUUAUUCUGAGGAAGGGGGAGAAACAAAUGAAGAAGAAAUUAUUAGUACUGCCUUCCAAACAUUGGUUGGGAAGAAAUCAUAUAUGCGUGGCUUUGGUCCUUUUGGAGCAGAACUAAGGUCAUCACCAUCAUCAAGCUCCGGUAAAAUUCAACAGCUGCAGGCUGAAUUAGAUGCCCAAAAGAGAGAGACAGAGAAUGCUAGGAAAGAAUGUGAUGAAAUAAGAGCUAGACUUGUUGAGGUUGAGUCCCAUCUAGAGGAUGAACGGCUGAAACGCAUAGAGCUAGAGGCUCGUCUCUUGGAUCGUCAAAAUGAGAUACAGGAGAUCAGCUGUCAAGUUCAGAACACCAUUCAGGCUGCAUUGUCUCAGUAUCUUCCUCCAAAAAGCGAAACCGAGACCUCAACGAAGAAUAAAAGAAAGAUCGCAGAGCUUGAAGCACAGCUUCAUGGAGCAGAGGAUGUGAUAACAGAUAUUAGAUCAGAAUUAAUUAAAUAUCGGAAGGAUCAAGAAAGUAAGGAUGAAAGGGUUCAUUUGCUACAAUCCUAAGACUAAAUUUCUUUUGGACUAUCCUUAUUAUGUUCCAAUAGCUGCUACUGCUAAUUGGUAAAGACUUAUUUAUAUUAUAUGUCAAUUUAGUGCACUGUA